GAUGCUGCAGAUACUUCCUCUCAAAGGCUGCUCUCACUGCCCUGCCUGUCCCAUCAUAUUCAUCCUCCUCCCUCCCAUCAUCGCCUCCGGCACAAACAGCUCUCUCGUCUGGACUUUGGAGAGUGCCCAAGCUGUUCUGCGUCUGGCCCUAUCCUCUUCCAGCCAUGUCGUUCUUCAAGGUUGCAGCCGCCACGAUCGGCUUGGCCGCCUCCCUGGUGUCUGCCACGCACUACGAAGUCACAGUCGGCAAGAAUGGCCAGCUCAAGUUCGACCCCGAGCAGCUGACUGCCAACAUCGGUGAUACCGUCACCUACAAGUUCUUUGCCAAGAACCAUGCCGUCGCACAGUCCACGUUUGACCACCCGUGCCAACUCCAAGAGCACGGCAUCUUCUCCGGCUUCACGCCCAACCAGUCCCCAGACGUGGCUGCCCCGACAGAUUUCACCAUCACCGUCACCGACACCAAGCCCCUGUGGUUUUAUUGCCCCCAGCAGAACGGCAACCACUGCCAGUCCGGCAUGGUUCACGCCAUCAACGCGCCCGCUCAAGGAAAUACCCUUCAAGCAUACAAGGACAAGGCCGUCGGUGCGCCGCCGAGCACCCCGGCCGUUGGCACCCUCCCGAACGGAGGCUUGCGCAAGCUGCACAUUGAUGUCGGUUUUGAUGGCAAGCUCGUCUUCAACCCAAACAACGUCGCGGAGCUCACCGGUACCGUCGUCGAAUUCAGCUAUCUUCCCAAGAACCACUCCAUUGUGCAGUCUUCUUUUGACAAGCCCUGUCAGCCUCUCGAUGGCGGCUUCUCUGCACCCUUCUUCCCCACGCAGGAAACCACGUCGGGUGUCACUUUCGAGGUGACCCUCAAGGAUAACAAGCCCGUCUGGUUCUACUGCGCUCAGACUGCUGCUACACACUGCCAGGCGGGCAUGGUUGGCGCCAUCAACGCCCCUGCCGAGGGCGCCAAUACCUUUGACGCCUUCAAAGGUCUGGCAGCCCAUGCGCCUCCAAGCACAAUCCCGCCCAACACUCCGCUUGGCGGCGCUCUCAAGGUCGAUGGCGUGCUGAUUCCGCACAUCUACAACAAUGUCCUCGACCUGGCUGCUCUCUCCGCAGACUGGGUCAACGUGGUUCCGGCCGUAGGGACUGAGCUGGACCCGUACCUGGCUGGCAUGGCCGGCGGCCCUUCGCCCAAGGACUACGAGUGGGCAGACACCAUCACCCAAGACGGCGUCGACUACCUCCAAGUCCUCCUCUUCCAGGGCAACUUCAUCGCCACGCUCCUGAUUGAGGGUUUCGCGCGGCUCACGGUCGGCGUGUGGGCCAACCAGUACCCCGAGGCCAUCACGCAGACCCUCGGCUCGCUCGCCGCACAGUCGGUCGUGCGGCUGCGCACUUACACCGACUCGCUGCAGCACUACAAGCGCGAGCUGGUCAAGCCCUGCAAGUACAACCUGCACAUGGACUCGCUGGACCAGUGGUUGCAGACCGUUACCGAGGCGCUGUCCCUAAGCAUUGGUACGACACAAGACAUCAUCGGCCUGGCCGCCAAGACGGACGAGUGGAUGGUCACUCCCCUCUCGACGGGCUUGGGCGCGCAGUCGCGCAUGGCUGCCGUCAUCAGCAUGAUGCAGAGCCACAUUGCCUCCCCUUCGCCCCGGGAGCCGCUCAUCCCCUUCCAGCUCGCCUGGCCGCACAUUGCGCGCAAGUACGUCGUUGACGGCUCGUGCACCGAGUCGCCCGCAUUUGGUGAGAUGUUGCCCGAGCUCCAGAUUGUAAGCGAGAAUCGCGCUUCUGGUCGCUUGGUUAGCGUCAAGGUGACGCUGCCCCAGGGCACGCAGGGCGAUCGCUGGCUUGCGUGGUUGGGUCCCUGGGGCACUGUCGAGUACAGCCUCGUGGGAGCCGAUGGUGUUGCCACUGCCCCCACUGGUCUGACCGGCUGGGUUUGGGUCGUGCUGACAACCAAGAAGGAUGUUGCUGCGCGGGACAUUGAGACCGUUGAUGCUAGCGGGAUCCAUAUGCUCUGGACUACGGAGCAGUGGACUUCCCCGUGGGCUGCUUAAGAGAUGUGUAAUCCUUUUGUGUGGGCUUGAAAGGGUCGCAGGGGGUGAAGAGUUUUGUGUUCAACAUGGUCUUGGACACGGCAGAGCGGAAUGGCGUUUGUAGUUAUUGUGUGUGCUUGUCAAGAGCCUAGUGGAUAAUCUUCUGGUCGGAGUUUACUGGCUGAAUUUGCAAUAUAUCAUCAAGUAGCGUAUACAAAUAGAAUGUGCUUCGCAAUUCAAAGAUUCUUUUUUAGAAA